AUGUCCUAUGUAUUAGUAUCUACCGAUGACUUUCAUCGUGGACCGACCCGACUGUCCAGUAUUGACCCAUACCUUCACGAAAAACUGCCGCUAACUAUCAUCAAGGAUACCAUCUUUUAUCAGGGCGAAUCCCAAUACGACCCGCACGGCCGCUACUGGAAGUUUCGUGUAGAGGACGCACCCGUACGGGUGCUCAACAAACUGUUGGACAUUGGCUACAAAAUCAAGACCGGAAGCUGUCUAUCAAAUGGCCGCAACUAUGACAACCAUUCGGGUCACGCCUGGACUCUAUACAAGCGGGACAUCAAAGAGUUAGACAAAAGCUACUAA